AUGGCGCCGCCCAUUAUACCAGAAGUCGCCUCGAGUACACCGCCCUCGAAGCCGCCCUCCACCAAUCUGCAUAACCCGCUACCGCUAUCCGCGACCCAAGAGAACGAAGUGAAGAAGCUUUUCCAUGCCCGAAUACGAGCGAAAUGUGCAGACGAGAUAUCAGAGUUCGCAGCAUGCGCCAAAGGCCGCCUCUUCUCCGUCGCCUGGGCCUGCAAAACCCAACAGUUUCACAUGAACUCCUGCAUGCUCGCCAACUCGUCGCACGCAGAGCAGGACGCGGCACGGGAAGAAUGGUUCGCGGGCGUGCUAGAUCGUAGGAAGAAGAAGGCAGAGGAGCUGGAGGCGGUUGAGAGGCGGAGGGAGAGGAUUAUUGAGCUUACGCGGAGGCAGGAGGAGAAGGAGGCUGCUGAGGCUGAGGCGAAAAGGCGGGAGGCGGAGGCAAAGGGGAAGGCGGGUGGAUGGUUUCGAUGA